UUUAUAAUGAAGUUAUUUAUAGGGAUCCUCCUAGUUUUUCUAUUGUCAUCUGCUGCAGCUGAGCAGAGCAUAAAGGGAUACUUGAAAGAGGGAUUUGAGCCUUAUAGCGAUAAAGGCCCAGAAGACGAAGACUUUAAGAAACCAUUCAGUGUCAUCUGUAAAGACAAAGGAUACGCUUUUGAGACCCAUAAAGUGCUCACAGAUGAUGGCUAUUGGCUUACCAUGUUCAGAAUUCCUGGAGCUAAGGGAGAGACUAGAGAUGAAGCUAUCGCCAAGAAAAAGCCAGCUAUUUUCUUACAGCAUGGUAUUCUAGACUCUGCCGAUACCUGGAUCAUGCAUUAUGAAGAGGAAGCCCCUGCUUUCAUUCUUGCUAACGCAGGAUAUGAUGUUUGGCUUGGUAACACUAGAGGCAACAAGUACAGUAGAGAACAUGAAAACUUGAACCCUGAUUACUCUGCAGAUAAGGAGAAAUUCUGGGACUUUAGUUUUGCAGAGAUGGCAAAAUAUGACGUCCCUUCUAACAUUGAUUAUAUCUUAAAGGAAACAGGCAAAAGUAAGCUUGGUGUUAUGGCCCACUCUCAAGGAUGUACUCAGAUGUUCAUUAGAAUGAUCGAAGAGAACGCUUGGUGGAAGAGCAAAGUUGCACUAUUUACUAGUUUAGCUGGAGUUGCAAGAUUAGACCAUUGUGGAUCAACAUUACUCACCACUCUUGCAAGCGGGCAGUUCUUGAUUGAAGGCAUUAAGAAACUCGGUGUUUAUGAAAUGUUCCCAUCUGAAUAUCUUCAGAAUGCUGUCUUCUCCCGUGUUUGUAAAGCUUUCUCAAUUGUAUGCAAGCUUGCUAUCCAACUCGUUGCAGAUGAAGAUGCCGGAUUAGAUGAGGAUAAAAGAAUUAGUACUUUCAUGGGUCACUACCCAUCUGGUUGCAGUCUUAAGAGUCUUGAUCAUUUUGCACAGAUUAUGAAAGCCAAGAGAUUCCAAGACUACGACUAUGGAAAAGCAAAGAACCAGGAGAAGUAUGGAUCCGAUACUCCACCAGAGUAUGAAUUUAGUAAAGUCUCUGGCAACAAAGUUGCUAUGUUCUAUGGUACUGCAGAUCUUCUAGCUACUCCUGGAGACUCAUUAUGGCUAAAGGAACAACUUGGAAGCAACGCCAUUACAUUCUCGGAGUAUAAGCUUGGACACAUGAGUUUCCUCCUUGCAAAGGACAUGAGCUUCUUCGAUGAAGUCAUGGAAGUCCUUAAAGCAAACACUUGGAAAUAACUUUAGCUUCUUUCGAGUUCAUACUUUAAUGAAUUGAGCAAAUUACUUU